CUGUAAUUAAAUUUAGAUUGAAAAAAAUGAAUAAAAUUCAUUACAUUAAGCAAAUGUUUACAACUAUCUGAUUUUUCAAAUGUUUAUUUAUUUUCGCUCCUUUUUCUACUUAAUCACUUAUCGCAUUCACAUAAAUAACAUUAAUUCACAUCUCAAUAAUUAAUUCAAAUAUUAAUUUUUACAAUGUCGGCUCAACUCAAUAAAAAUCAAGAAUUUUUAGCCAAUUGCAUGUGACAAAGAAAUUUAUCUACUGCUCGAGAUAUUACCAUCAAUUUGGAAAAUAUUUUUGAUAAUUCAUUUAAAUUAUUAGCUGAUCUUUUAAAUAAUUAUAAACUAGUCAAUGAUACAGAUCCAGUUGGACUUCUUUUGUCAUUAUUUACUUGUAUUGGUCAUUUUUGUGAUCAAUCUACCGUUAAUAUUAGAAACCACAUUACCAACUUAAAUAUUUUUCUUUUAUUGAUUGGACCAUCAGGUUGUGGAAAGUCAAAGAUUAUUUCACCCAUCAAAAAGGCAGUUAUUGAAACGAUUAAAUCUCUUGGUAUUUCCAAAGAUGAAGCAGGCGUCAUUGAUGAAUUUACAACUGCUUCAUUAUCAGCUAAACUGGCUAAAUCAAAUGCUUUUAUUAUUACUGAUGAAGCAGAAAAACCAUUAUUAUCAUUGGGUUUUUAUUCUCCGCUAUCAGAAGGAAGUGCUAGUGACAGAAUAUCUGGAUGCAAAUUUUUUGGCACAAUACCAACAACUAAAGAUACGAUGACAGAUCAUUUAGAAAUUGCAUCUCAUUUAUCAUUUGUUGGCGCAACUACUGGUCGUUUAUCGUACCGAUUAAUCAAUUAUUAUGCUCAAAGACACCAAAGUGAUGAUUUUUGCAUUAUGCAAUGCCAAAGAAGAAAAGAUUCAACACUUAAUACUCCACAAUCACUGGAUUACAACGAUAUUGAUGAUGAAGACAACGAUAAUGAAGAAGAUUUAAGCGAUGUGGAAUAUGAGUCAGAAAGAUUAAACAGCAUCAAAGAAAAUUUACCAAGUUUAACACAAAUAUUAAUAGUAGCUCGUCUAAUUGGCAAACGUGAAUUUGUUUUAAGUCGAAAUGGAACAAAAAAAUUUUAUAAUAAAAUACAUCAAUACCAAGAAUUAUCACAACGUGAAAAAUCAGAUGAUGUUAAUUAUGGUUCACGUCUGGGUGAAUCAGCAGAAAUUUUAUGUAAACUUGCUGGAAUUUCUGAAAUUGUUAAAAUUGCAUUGGAAAUAUUAAAAAUUCUUCAAGAUCAAAAUCAACUUAAAUAUGACGAUACUAGCUUUAGUUUUAUUCGUAAUGCAACACAAGUAAUAGAAAAUAAAUAUUCAUCUCAAACUAUGGUUUUGGAAAUUCAAUCGUCGAGUUGUCAUCUUACUGGCUAUCUUUUUUGCAGUCAUUUGAUUAAAAUGUUAUUUGCAAUUUACAACAUCGAACCUGUUCUUCUCAACGAUAAAAAAACCGCAAUUGAAACGAUUUCUCCAUUCAUAACAACAACAUCACGUGCUAUUGUUCAUAUGAAGUCGUAUCCAUCGAAUGAUAUUCUAAAUGAUCCAAUAAAACGAAGUGUUGUUGAUCGAAUUUUCAAUGAUGCUGAAAUGGAUUUACAAAGUUAUAUGAUAACAUUGAGCAAUUCUAUUAUAAAGCAAAAACAAGUAUUAACAAUGAAUGGAAAACAAGUUUUAAUGUUGCCGGAACACCAACUUCUAUAUGAAAAUUUAAAACGAAAAUAUCCAGAGCAUAAUCUAGAUGAUAUUCAUGCGUCAAAUAAUAUUGACAAUGUUACAAUAGCAAAUAAUCUGCGAUUGCACAGUGAAACAACAAGUAGUCAAUCAACAGAUAAUCAACCAAGAAGUAAUCAAGACAUAGCAGUAAAGGUCAUAUCUGGUAAAGUAUUAUCUCAUCAAAACGAUGAACAGACAUAUACUCCUUUAAAUCAAUUACUUCAACAACUACAUACAAAUUCUCGAAUUGAACAAUCUCACAAUAUGUCAUCUUCAAACAACAAUAUUUACAUAUCACCUACAGACGUUCUUCUUGGUAUUUUAAAAUUUUGUAAGAUUACUUCAAAAUCUAAACAAUGA